GCGCUGUUCUUUAUUCCGGAAAUGACGUGACGUCGCGCUACAACGUUGCGUGGUUGCUAGGAGAGCCGAGGCCGCCAAGCCCGGGAGCGGCUGGGUAGAGCGUUUUGCGCGCUACUCGAAGGCUGGCUGUCGGCUCUGUAAGGGAGUUCAAAGGUAAAAGUAAUCAGAAAAUGUGCAAGGAGGACGUUGUAGGCAUGUUUCAGGUGCAACAGGGCAAGGCCUUGUGAAAUGGCUAUUCAUGGCAUCUGUUGGGACAGAACCGCACCAUGCAGGGUCAAAACGUGACCGUGAGAAACCGUUAACUGCAGUUCCUUCUUUCCGACUCACCGUGUUUAAGAGUAGGAGUCAUGCGACACGGUACACUCCUGUCUUGAAGCUGGAGAGAAAAUAUGUCAGUGUGACUCGUGAGAAUAGGCCAGAUCACUGUUUUGUCCCCCCAGCUGUCCAUCUUUACUCCAGUUACAGCAAGGGGGUAGCUCCUCUAUCACCAACUCCUCCAGUGAUUCCACCCAGUGGCUCUUUUCACCGUCUCCGAUCUUUUCAUGAUCCAUUUGAUAGAGAGCUAGUUUUCCAGAGAUCUGUGAAUGGUCAUACAUACUUCCAGAGACUUGAGUCUUUGUUGCUAAGGCCAAAGGUUGCUAUUCUAAGGCCUCACACCGUUUCAAACAAGCAUCCACCCAUCACGCCUGCCCUGCAAUUGUCCUAUAGCUCGAUGGCCACCUCACUGAUAGAUCAGCCCCAUUUGUCAACUGCAGCUGGUGAACCACAUGAAAUUUCUGUACUGAACCCACCCAGAAUGGCAACGAGGACACUUUCAGAGAACCCCAGACCAGCCCUGGUUACAAACUCUUUCUUACGGCCCUGCAGCGCCAAAGUACAUUUGUAUUCACGAUCAGACAAGAAACAGACAAUUAGCACUUUUAGUUCUCCAUUGCGCCAUGGUUUGAAAGACUUGGGCCAAACAAAAGAGGAGACCCAGCUGUAUUGCCACAACUGUAUUAACCCAGGAACUACUUUAACCAACUACCAAGGUGUAGCAACAACCAAAGCAAACAAUGAAACUGCCUGGAAAUUGGUUGGAAACAAUAAUAUGGCGGAGAUCAUAAACUACCAAGAGACUCAACUAACUGGUUUUGUGAAGACAUUAACAGAUAAGGGAGACCUGUUAAAAACAACACACAUUGUCCCACCAAUAGAAGCAAUACCUGUAAUUUGUGAUGACACUGUGUAUACCAGCUGUAAGGAAAGCGUUCCUUCUGCCUUAAAUCCAGUUGCACAUCGAGAACUUGCCCUUUUGCCAUCUGCAUCUAGUGAAGUUUGCCUUAAUGGCAUUGUUGAAUGUACCUUAGCCAAUGAUGCCAAUGUCUUUACUCAGCAGACUGCUGCUCAUUUUAAAGCCCCAAGUCCUGGUUCUUCAUGUGAAAGUCUAUCUUGCCCCAGUUUAUAUACACCUGCCCCAACAAGUGGGUCCCAUCUGCCAGACAUUGGGAAUCAUGUUCAUGGGGUCAACAUAACCGUGAUGGCAACCCAGAUCUCCACAAUACACUUGAACAAGACUUCUAGUGCCAAAGAUACCCCAGUGCAGCCUGAGCGUAUUGAUAACUUACAGUCUCCUGUGCCAAAUCAAGAACUGGAUGGUGUUGAGGAGGAACUCCCAGAUGACUUGGAUGACAGUGAGGUAGAGGAGGAGGAUGAAGACAGCAGUGUGGACCAAGAUAGUUUAAUCAGAACCCCUUCUGCCGCAUCCUCCACUAAAGACAGGCAAAGUGAUGAGUCCAUAGGCCAGAAGUCUGCAGAAAUGGAUGGCACAGUGAAACCUGCUUUCACCGAGAGUCUCUUCCCCAAUGUUCACCCAACAUUAUACUUUGGAACUCCAGAGGAAAAGGUGGAGCUUUUACCAUGGGCACAGAGGAAGUUGCUUAAAUGGAAAAUGAGCAAUGUAACCCCGAAUGUAGUGAAGCACACUAUUGCACGGUCUCACUUUCGAGUAUCAAAAAAUUUGUCUGUUUGUCUCGCAGAAAACCAUGAUUGGUUGGGAUGCUGGGGUCACCAUAUGAAAUCGCCUGCAUUUAAAUCUCUCCGAGCACAUCAGAAGCUGAACCAUUUCCCAGGCUCCUUUCAGAUUGGCAGGAAAGACCGUCUGUGGCGCAACCUUUCAAAAAUGCAAACCCAUUACGGGAAGAAAGAAUUUAACUUCUUCCCACAGUCAUUUGUACUUCCUCAGGACAUUAAGCUACUGAAGAAAGCCUGGGAGGAAGGUGGAAACAGGCAGAAGUGGAUUGUGAAGCCGCCUGCCUCGGCUAGAGGGAUGGGGAUCCAAGUUAUACACAAGUGGAGCCAGCUUCCCAAGAAAAGGCCGUUGUUGGUGCAGAGGUACCUACACAAGCCCUACCUCAUCAGCGGGAGCAAGUUUGAUCUUCGAAUCUAUGUUUACGUCACCUCCUUUGACCCCCUCAGAAUCUACAUGUUUACAGAUGGCCUUGUGCGCUUUGCUAGCUGCAAGUAUUCUUCUUCCAUGAAAAGCCUCAGCAAUAAGUUCAUGCAUUUGACAAACUACAGCGUGAAUAAAAACAACGCAGACUACCAGGCCAACCCUGACCAAACUGCAUGCCAGGGCCACAAAUGGGCCCUGAAAGCAUUAUGGAACUAUCUCAACCAGAAAGGGUUCAGCAGUGAAAGAAUCUGGGAGAAGAUUAAAGACAUAGUGAUAAAGACUAUUAUUGCCUCUGAGCCCUAUGUGAACAGUUUGUUAAAGAUGUACCUGCAAAGCCCAUACUGUUGUCAUGAACUGUUUGGCUUUGAUAUAAUGCUGGAUGAGAACCUUAAGCCGUGGGUACUGGAAGUCAACAUCUCCCCGAGCCUUCAUUCCAACUCUCCAUUGGAUAUAAGCAUCAAAAGCCAAAUGAUCAGAGACCUCCUUAACCUUGCUGGCUUUGUCCUUCCCAUUAAAGAUGAAGUGUGCACAGGGAGUGGCAGUACCAGCUGUCCUUCUAUCAGUGUGUCUAACCUGGGGAAGGACAAAGGGUGCUCAUUAGAGAUUCUAGCUGAAGAGAAGAAGAAGCGAGCCCAUUUCCUCAUGCAGAAGAUACCUGAUAAGGAUCUCUAUGCCACUGUACUUGACCACCUAACACCAGAAGAUGUGAGAGUUCUGGUAGAGACUGAGGAUGAGCUCUCUCGCUGUGGCCAAUUUGAACGCAUUUUCCCGUCUCCCAUUACCUCUCGAUACCUGCGUUUCUUCGAGCAGCCUCGUUACUUCAACAUUCUCACCAACCAGUGGGAGCAAAAAUAUUACACAGCCCGAGAGAGAGGCCAAGAGCUGCUUCAAAGUUUGUGCAUGAUGAAUUACCAUUCUGGUACAAUGCUGCCUUCCCAGCCGCUUUCAUUCCCGAGUUCUCCAUCUCAAAGUGACGGGCAUCUAAAUGGCUUUACCAUAUCAGAAGUGAUGAGGCACUGCACCCUGCCUGAGGAAAAUUUGAAAUCACUUGGGAGCCCCCAUUGCCAUCAUAGUGGUGUAGUCCCUGGCCAGCUAGACCUCAGCAAGCAGCCUUUCUUAUCCAAGACUCUCUCCAGUGUGUCUGAAUCAGCCUUUGUCAUGUGACAAGCCUUGCACUUACUAUCCCUAAUCUUGAGUUAAAGAAUCUACCUCAAAGUGCUAUUAUUACCCAGCUGGACAUUGGCAGACCCCAAUGGACACUGGAGGGGCAUCAUUCUAUCUUCUCCCCUUUGUGAAGAUCUCCCUCUGGCAAUAAAUGAGAUUUUGGCACAAAAACUCUCAGAGGUGAAACUCUCGUAAUUAUGUUGAGGUUAAUUUAUUUUUAUUAAUGAAAAACAUCUUAAGUGCCUCAGGUUUCCAAAACAGUUGUGAAAAUGUGUAAAAAGCUGCAGUAUCCUGUUUGGGCUUUCAUAUUGCUAAAAUGUGUUCUAAAGGUAACCCUCCUGUAUUCUGUACAUUAGGUUUAGAGAGCAGUUUAGCUCCCUGCUUAGGGCAAUGGCAUUCAGAGCUACUAGUAGCAGCUACCCAGCCGUAGAAAAUACUGAGAAUUGUCUCCGCUAAAACACAGGUAGUGUCUUAGCAGAGAAAAUUCUCACUAUUGUCUAUUUUGUAGCUGUAAGAAGUAGCUGCUACUAGUAGCUCUGUGUGUCAUUGCCUUAUUGAGUUUAAUUGUGCAGCUGACAGCAAGCUAGCAGUAGUUAAAUGCUGGUAUCCAACAUCAGACAUCAUGUAGUGAUAGCAUGUGUUAUGCACAGAUGUGUAUGCGCAUUCUGGUUACUGUGAUAAUUAUAGGUCCUGUCCAGAUAGCACAAGCAUGGCUAAACCCUUGUGUACUUUAGCUGGUACUGAGCAUAGUAGUUAUUUGCUACACUAUUUUAAAUGUCCCACCCAGAUGUAUGACCCUUGGUGGGAGUUACAGCCAAUCAUAUUCUGAUGCAUACAGAAAACUGUGAUAAACCAGUCUGGAUCACAAGUCUGCUACUAGCUGACCUGGAAAUGAACAGGCUGGGCCUGUCUGAUCAGUGUAUUUUGGCCACACAAGUUUGACUAGAUUGGCCUCAUAUCCAUAAGGUCAACAAUGAGUCUUUGAUAUAUGUUGAUAGCAGCACAAGAGUAAUGGUUAUGGGUUACUAACCACAUGCACUGGGUUAACUGCAGUUAUUUUAUGGUCAUCUGCUGUGAUACAAAGGUUAAGAUCUGUUUUCUUCAAGGUUCUUUUUUUCUUUUGCCAAAAUAAUAUAUUAAUAAAGCAUCCAUUUCUAAA